AAAAAAACCUAACAGACAAACAAACAAACAAUAAUGGCGAAUCGUAAUGCACAACAAAGACCAAAUGGUGGUGGUGCAUCGGCUGGUGGACAGCAAGGAAAAAUUUGUCAAUUUAAACUUGUUCUGCUUGGUGAAUCGGCUGUUGGUAAAUCAAGUCUUGUAUUACGUUUUGUCAAAGGUCAAUUCCAUGAAUAUCAAGAAAGUACUAUUGGAGCUGCUUUUCUCACACAAACGGUGUGUUUGGAUGAUACGACUGUUAAAUUUGAAAUUUGGGAUACGGCUGGCCAAGAAAGAUAUCAUAGUUUGGCGCCCAUGUAUUAUCGUGGAGCACAGGCCGCUAUCGUUGUCUAUGACAUUACUAAUCAGGAUACAUUUAAUCGAGCAAAAACCUGGGUAAAAGAAUUACAACGACAAGCGAGUCCAAAUAUUGUGAUCGCAUUGGCUGGUAAUAAAUCCGAUUUGAGCAACAAACGUGCAGUUGAAACGGAAGAAGCUCAAGCAUAUGCCGAUGAAAAUGGCCUUCUGUUUAUGGAAACAUCGGCAAAAACCGCCAUGAAUGUUAAUGAUAUAUUUUUGGCUAUAGCUAAAAAAUUACCUAAAACAGAUCAAACAGCCGGUGGUGGUGCUGGUGGUCAAUCAGGUGCCGGAAGACGAAUCGAUCUAAAUGAUACGCAACAACAAUCAUCAGGUUGUUGUAAAUCUUAAAAAAAUCGAAAAUAAACACACCACCACCACCCCUUCUAUACACAUCAAAUGACAAGAGUGAAUAUAAAAAAUCGUCUGAAAAAAUCAACAAUAACAAAUCAGCGGAACAACUAUAAAAUACAACUACCCAACAAAACAUAAACAUUUGGUCUGGUUGUCUUCGUCGAGUCUUUCUACAAACACAUACAUGAUCAUCAUCCGGUCUGCUACAAAAAAAAAAUAAUUACAAAAAAGCAAAUGAAUAAUCAAGCAAAUUAAAAAAAAUCAAAGAAAAAACAGCAAGACAAGCCCACACAACACCCAUCAACCCAUGAAUAUGUUUUACCCGAAUGUUUAAAAAAUUGUUUUAUACUUUAUAUAUAUUUAUAUUAAGAAUUCUUUGCUUCAUCUUAUUAAUGCAAUGAAGAAGAUUAUUUAAAAAUUGGUGGUAAAAAAAAAUCAAACCCGUUCACCAUCCUUUCUUCAAUGAAUCGUUUGAAUAAAUUUGAAAUUUUCAAUCAA